AUGUUAUUUUUCAGUUUCUUCAAGACCCUAACACAGCAAACGGUAACCGUCGAGCUGAAAAACGACAUCAGCAUCCGCGGCACCCUGAAGUCGGUGGACCAGUACCUGAACAUCAAACUCGACGACGUGGUUGUACUGGACGAGCUCAAAUACCCACACUUGAGCUCGGUCAAGAACAUCUUCAUCCGCGGCUCCGUCGUCCGCUACGUACACCUGCCCCCGGACAAGGUCGAUCGCUCGCUGCUCGAGGACGCAUGUCGGAGGGAGGCGGCUGCGCAAAAGGCGAAGGGCAGCUGA